CAGGCACAAGUUGUUGCUCUCCUCUCUCUCCCCCUCCCUAUAGGCAGCUCACUCUAGUGCUCCACUAUAAAACUGCAGAGGUAGAAAGGAGACUUUUCGAGCUCGAGCAAUGGCGAAGCAGCAGCAGGAGGUGUACUUCGUGUUCAUGAACUUUGACCCCGUCUACGAGCGCCUCAGAGCUGAUCGGUCCAAGGAAGGGUCGGCCACGCUGGACGCGUACCUGAGCCACAAGCACGACAAGCUUCUCGCCAAGCUCCUCCAACCCGACUCCUACCGGAAGAGGUCGUCGCUCGCCAUUGUCGACGGCUUCGCCGUCGAGAUAACUGAAGAUCAGGCAAACGUUCUGAGAUCGGCCAAGGAGGUGAGGGUGGUGGAGAAGAACCAGGAGCUCGCUUGACAUCAGCUAUGGCUAUGGCUAUGGCAGUCAAACGCCCGGGCCGGAUUAGUUUUAUGUAUAGAUGCUUUGGCAUCAGCUACGGCUAUGCAGCUAUAUAAGCCUAGUUUACUAAGGCAAAUGAGAGUCGUUGAGUUCUCCCUAGCUAGUCAGUCGCCUUUGCGCGUGUGCUGCUGUGUGUGUGAACUCCCAUGGCUUUGUUGACUCCCAAGUCAAACUUAGCUGCUGCUGCUGCUACGUACUUAUAGUAGUAUAAUAUAGUAUACUGGAGUAGUAGUUCUUAGGGUCUAAUGAUCAUCAGAGGAUCAGCGACUUUAAGACUGAACCCUGUAAUGGCUAUUAGCUAUCAUUAUUAGUUAAGAUAAGAAGCUAUAUUUUUCUGUCAAAA